AUGGUCAGACUCAAAGCUCGUUAUAUCCUGUUCGAUAUACUUACAGUUCCUCGAGAACCUCUGACUCGGUGUACGGAAAAAGAGCUCCUAUUGACUAUCCACAGCACAACUUCACCCUCAUUGACACAACGACAGAUUGCCGACCUCAUCAGGAAACAAGUGCUAAAGCUAUUUGGAGAUUUCGGUAAUGGUGUCUUGUCCUCCUCUAUGGUGGUUAAAUAUUUCUCCUCAAAGACUUCUACUGGUAUAAUACGAUGUUCAAGGGAUUAUUACCAAAUGGUGUGCUGUGCGUUAACUACAAUCACAAACGUGCUUGGUAAAGACGUUAUAAUACGGGUACUAAGUGUAAGUGGCACUAUAAAGAAAUGUGAACAAGCUGCUAUUGAAAGGAAUAGACAAUUAAUGAGGAAGUUAAAUACCAAGAUUGAAGAAGAUGGUAUACUCGACAUUGACGAAGACGAUGAGGACACUGAUUAG